GUGAGAAACCACCGACGAUCUUUUUCCGGGUCGAAAAAUUAGCGCAGCCGUGAAUGUGAGCUAGCCGAUGUUAGUUGUCUAUUACUAAAACAACCACAGUGGCGACAUAAUAGGACAUUUAAACACACAGUACAACACUUUAAGGUGUCUUCUCAGCUAAACACAUGACAAAGCGAUGCCGGGCCUCAGUUGUCGAUUUUACCAGCACCGCUUCCCCGAGGUGGAGGACGUCGUCAUGGUGAACGUGAGGUCCAUCGCUGAGAUGGGCGCUUACGUCAACCUGUUGGAAUACAACAGCAUCGAGGGCAUGAUCCUCCUCAGCGAGCUCUCGCGUCGACGUAUUCGCUCCAUCAACAAGCUCAUCCGCAUUGGACGCAAUGAAUGCGUGGUGGUCAUCCGAGUAGACAAAGAGAAAGGAUACAUUGACCUUUCCAAAAGAAGAGUUUCCCCCGAGGAGGCCAUCAAGUGUGAAGAUAAAUUCACCAAAUCCAAAACUGUGUACAGCAUUUUGCGACACGUGGCAGAAGUGUUGGAGUACAGUAAAGAUGAGCAGCUGGAGAGCUUGUACCAGCGCACCGCCUGGGUCUUUGAUGAGAAGUACAAGCGGCCAGGAUACGGCGCUUACGACGUCUUCAAACAGGCCGUAUCUGAUCCUUCAAUCCUUGGCGAUCUGGACUUGACAGAAGAAGAGCGAGCUGUGCUGAUCGACAACAUCAACAGGCGACUCACCCCACAGGCCGUCAAGAUCCGAGCAGACAUUGAAGUGGCGUGUUAUGGAUAUGAGGGCAUCGAUGCUGUGAAGGAAGCGCUGAGGGCCGGACUCGGCUGCUCUACGGAGGCCAUGCCCAUCAAGAUUAAUCUCAUUGCUCCUCCACGUUACGUGAUGACCACCACUACGCUGGAGCGCACAGAAGGCCUGUCAGUCCUCAACCAGGCCAUGGCUGCCAUCAAGGAGAAGAUCGAGGAGAAGAGAGGUGUCUUUAACAUCCAAAUGGAGCCGAAGGUGGUGACAGACACAGAUGAGACGGAGCUGGCCCGGCAGCUGGAGAGGCUAGAGCGGGAAAAUGCCGAGGUGGACGGAGACGAUGACGCUGAGGAGAUGGAGGCUAAAACAGAGGACUAGAGUCUGUCCUCAGGGAAGACAAUGAUGUGGACCGUCAGUCCAGCACACAUCAACUUUCACACUGCAAACAUGAACUGCUAUUAAAAGUUCGCGAUUAUGACUUUUAACAGAAGUUGAUGUUUGCCUGGCUUGUCUCAGAAGGUUGUUGUCCUUGUCCUCACGGAAGGUAGAACGACACCAUGCGCUUCUAUUUUUAAUGACAUCACAUUGAAAUAAUAAAGUCAAGCGGCGACCUUCAGAGUCCUUAGUAUCAGUGAUUGUGAACGGAAUGCGCAGGUUCCUCUGUCAUGCAGUGGCUUUUCCAAAUGAUAGUACUCUUGUUGGCUUAUUUGCUAUCAGUAGAAGUGUAAAAGUUUAUCUCAUUUAGGGCAUUUCAUUUCCUAAAAGUACUGCUGGACUGUGGAUUACAAAGUUAAAUAACUUUGCAAAUGACUACAAAACAACUCAAUUUUAUUCAAAUGUUUACCAAUACAAAAAAAAAGUAUCUUGUUAAAGCUAACAUCCAGCAGUGGUUAUGACAAAUGCUUUAGCUGCAGGGAUGUUGUGUAGUUGUAUUCAGGGCCUCAGUUAACAAGCACUUUAUCUAAAACUUGUUCCAUGUAUGCACACCCAAAUCCAUCCAGUUAAGCUACUUACAUUAGCAUGGCAGCACAUUUUCACACACUGAUGAAGGUAACGCUGCUGAAGAACUUCAUCAAAAGAAGCAGAUAAAAACAAAUGGUCCUGGAUGUAAAUCAGCUGUUCCCUUCCAAAUGAUUUGAUCAAGUGAAACUAUUUACAAAAAAAAGAGAAGACAGUGAGUGUCUUUUUAAGAUGAUGAGCAGCAGGUUAGGACAAGUUGCUUUGUUUGGGGGGUGACAAAACCAACUAUUAUACAACCUGGAAAGGAAAUGGUUAUCUUUUGGUGGCUCUUUCAAUUAUUUGACCAACCCGAUCUUUUUGGCCUCCGUUUCAUAGAUGAGUAACCUCCACAUCUUCACAAUGAAGACUUCAGCUUCUUCAUCAAGAACCUACCAAAGGUAAAGAUAAUGAUGACUGAUGUUUCAUUCACCUUGUUAAUGAUGAGGAAAAAAGCCAAGAACUCACCAUAGCAACAUCAUCCAAGAUGCCCUGUGGGGUGCUGUGAGCCAUCACCUGAAAACACAAACAUGAGUGCAGUCAUUGUACACGUGUAACAAAUGGCAGGAAGGGUAACAAGAUGGAUACCUUGGAGCAAACAAAGUCCACCAACGUUGGCUCCUCCUCUCCGAUGUACUCAAUGAUCUUUUUAUUGAUCCAAGGCCGAACGCGUCGUUCCAUUAACGUCUGCAGAGAGAGAGGAGAAACAUUUCAUGCAGUGAAACAGGAAGUCAGCAGAGUAAAAAGGUUGGGUCCUCACUGUGUCCACCAUGGACCAGUCCAGCGGGUAGGAGAACAGGUCUGGCUUGGCUGUAGGAAUCUUCUCAAUCAGGCUCUUGAUGUGUUUGCGCUUCUCUUCAGAGUUGGGCCCUUUGACUGCCGAAAAUCCGGCGCCGUCCACCCCCAGACUCUUGUCGUCAUCGUAGUCCAGGGGCACCAGCUUCCUCUUGCGUGGCUGUUCCUCCAUUUCCUCCUCGUCGAACUUGUCAAAGACGCUGUCGACUGGGAGCUUCUUCCUCUUGCCGGCGUUGGGCUGACUAGGACUUCCUGUUGCACCUGCAUGAAGACAUGAACAUGCCAUCUUUUUCUAUCAACAUGAAGACAAGCUUUCUAUGUGUUAAUGGUAGACAUUGCACUCUGUAUGCAUUAUAAAUGCAGCUCACCCAGUUUGAGACUGAGGCCAAUUUUGGGUCUGUUCUCAUCCUGGGGUAGCGCAUCAGGAGGAGAGUUCUCGUGGGGAAUGAUGAUGCCGCAUGGCGACUCGUUGCCGGGUGUGUCAGGAGACACGUUGCCACUGGCCGAUGACACGGAGGGCGCCGCCGUGAUGGGCCUCAUUGUGGGCUUGAGGCAGGGUUUCACUUCGGGGUUAUCUUCGUCAUCAUAAUCGUCAUCUUCGCCUUCCUCCACCUCAUCCUCUGAGCGGGCAGGGCCCGGGCGAGCCUCUGGUCUGUCUUGGUCCUCUCUGCGAUCCCGGUGGUCUCUGUGGUCCCUUGAACCCCUAUGGCGCUCCCGUGGCUCUUCGGGCUCAGGCUCGGGGACCACGGGAGGUCGUCUUAGACGCUCCUCCUCUUCCUCCUCCAUCUGCACCAAUAAAACAUGCAGUACAGAGAGCACCGGUGAUGCAUGGUGAAGACACCACAAUAUGUGCAGGGAAUGAUUAAGUGACCUUCACAAAGACAAAACACAUGCAUGCUCUCUCACACUCCCACACACAAAGACAUGAAUUAGCAACACACCCUGCGUAGCUCUGCGUCUGGAUCUGGAUGUCCCUCGUCUAGCAGCCGCUGUCUGAUCUCCUCCAGCUCCUCCUUCUCCCUCUUCCUGUCACGUUCAUCCGCCUCCACCUCCUUCUCUCGGUCACGGAGGCGCUUCUGCAGUGCACUGCCCCUAGUGGUCACAGCGAGCAACGACAUGCUUCAGAACAAUAGCUGCAGUUUCCCUCCCCAUCAAGUCUGACACGAGAAUGCUAAUGUGGGCCACAGAGCGUCUGGGGUGCCACUUUUUCGUUUUAUGUACAUAUAUAUUUUAUGUCACAAAUGCAAAAUACUAAAGACUAAUUAUGUUUCAAAAAAUCCUCUGAAUUGGACACUUAGGGCAUCUUUAAUAGAAAUCCAGUAUGUCAUUCAUUUUGUCUCUCUUAACUCAAAUCAAGUAGACAAAAAUGUGGAAAACAACUUUCUAUAAAAAGGUAAAACUACACACACACACACGUGUGUUAGUAUGUAUUAAAAUGAGACUGCUUUUACAAAAAACAAUGGCCAAUUUUAACACCCAGUCAUAAACAUAUUCAUUGAUCAAUAUGUUUAUUAUUGUGGUGGACAAUUGUGACUCACUGACAACUGCUUGUACUACACUACACUCUUCUCCAACGACGUUCCCCCUAAUUUGUCCAAGUGUCUGAGCAUACACACAAAUGACCUGAGCUGUCCUUGGGACCUCUGCACACUGUCCAACACCUGACGACUGAGUAGUCCAACUUCCAUUGUCAUAUUUUGUAUAUGAGUGGGUUCAAACAGACGGCAAGGCGUAUUUCACAAUGUAGCUUUCUUUCUCAAGCCCAGGCAAAACAAGCCAUGGUCUCAUAGAAUUACCCUUUUGAGUCUUGUAGAAAGCCCCUAGCUUAUUUCAUUUUCUUCUUGUUUGACUGUCACUUUGUUUUGCAGCAGCCUGUUCUGGCUUCAUCCUGGAAAUUUACUUCAAAUUGGUGCCAUGUGUUUUAUAUGUUUGCUUUAUUUAUUGGCUUUUGUCUAUAAAAAAAAACAAACAAAAAAAAACAAAAAAAAAACACACCUUUCAGUCCCUUCGCAACACAAACUCGGCGUAACACUUCCUGUAUGUUUGGCCGUCAAAAUAAGCAGUAAAACAUUGCACAGUUAUGCCGCACAUUCAAUCCACGUCUCAUUCCAAAAACUUGCUUGCUACUUUGGGACAUGUUUUUAGAGCAGCCCUUUCUCAUUUGAAAAAGAAACAUCUCACACAGUUUCAGCUCUUGUUCACACAUACUGUACUUCGGUAGUCAGUGGCAUGUACAUCUACUACUACGUUGAGAAGCACGCCUGGUGGGGUUUGGGUCGCUGAGUCAUUUUCGCCUGUUGUAUUGUUGUAAUGUAUUGUUGUUGAGCAGGAAGAGGGUGGGAUAUGAUGCUUGCAACACGUUACAAAGUAAGCACCCUCCGCAAGUACAGGCCCUUUAAAUAUAAGAUAUUUAAGAAGUUUUAGUUGGAAAAAUUUCUGCAAUUUGGGUCAUCGCUUGUCAUUGUGGGGCGAUGGUGGGUCCCACAGCCAAACCACUUGAGAACCACUGUACUACGUAACGCGCUGUUAAUGAAUUGAUUGGCUGUGUAAGUAAAUACAUACGCAUCAUGAUCUUCUCCGCUUGUGUUCGCCUGUCACUCACCGCCUUGCUUUAAAAAAUGGUAAAAAAAAAAUAAUUGUGUUUAAUUUACAGUUCAGCUUGGAUUUUAUUUUCUGUGGCACAUGGACUUGCUGUGCACCAACAACUGGGGAGCAGUGCGUGGCUGCGCAGGCGUGCAGCUUACACAGAACAUUGCUGACAGCAUUUGAGUUUGUGUACAAACACCGCAUCGGUCGCCACCGACCUGUAAUAUUUGGGGUCAUCUCGGUCAUCAUCGUAGUCCUCCAGGAACUCUUUUAGUCGCUUGCCUUCCUUCACCUGACACACAAAUUACAUUAGAUAGAAACAUCUUACGGUGAUUCUUAUUGCACAUUUUCUGAUAGAUCUAAUGACCUUUAAAAGUGAAAGUACAGUAAGAAUAUUGCUCUCACCAUCUCUCGUCUGCGCUCAUCUUCCCUCUCGGCAUCUUUGCCGUAGUCUCGUGCUUUCUUUCUCUCCCUGAGCUCCCAGUUUUUUAGGCGCUGUAACCAGUGAAUUAAUAUUUAAACCUUGAUACUUAUGUUUUUAUUCAAAGUGUUGUACGACUGGACAGUAACAAAGCAUCAUAUUCUCACCUCCUGAUAGGCUGCUUCUUUGUCUCUGAGCUUCCUCUCCAGCCUCCUGCGUUCAUGCACGUCCUCUUCAUCCUCUUGCUCUCGUUUCUUUUCUCUGUCUCGAUCUCGGCUUUUCUCCCUACGAAUAGGAGAGUUAAAGCUAGCAUUUUUCUAAAUAUGUGCUCUACUUUUAUUCCAUGAUGGACUUCACAGUAGAGUGGACACUCCAAAAACAUUUUAUUGAUGGGAAUAAACGCUUUGUAUGCCGUUUUCUUCUUAGAGUACAUGAUAAUAUUUGUAUUAUUCGUUUAUGAAAUUUUCUUUAUAAUAUGGUGUGAUAUGACAUAGAAGGGUGCAACAUCAUGUUGGAUUCAUUUUUUCCUAGAUUCCCCAAUGUUGUAAUAGUGUGACUUUAAUGGAAAUUACAUUUGGUCCAAGCAUUUGAUUGGCUAAAAUGGCCUGCUGGUUUAUUACAUGCUUUGAUUUGUGCUUGAACAAAAGCAAAAGCAAUUGCAGUUGUUUUUUUUACACCCGGGGUAGACAAUGAUUUCCUUGUUAUAAAUUAUAUUUGUUUAUAAACUUGCUAUUGGAAAUAGUUGUGAGCAGUGAAGGUGAUUUUCUUUACCUGGACCGGCUGCGAGCAGCGCUCCUGUCUCGGCUGAUGUCCCUCUCCCAGUCCCGCUCUCGUUCUCUGGUCCUGCGCUCGCGGUCUUUGUCUCGGUCCCUGUCCCGCUCUCGUUCCCUUUCCCUCUCCCUCUCCCGUUCCCGCUCCCUCUCGCGCUCCUUCUCCCGUUCGCGAUCCCGCCGCUCUCUCUCCCGCUCCCUCUCCUUUUCUCGUUCCUUCCUUUCCCGCUCAAACUCCAGACGCUCCUUCUCGCGCUUGUCCUUCUCCUCUUCCAGUUUCUGUGGAGGAAAGCACAGGGAGGGUCAUGUGACUGUAAGAGUGAGGAGAGUGUAAGCAAUCAGCUUGCUGCAGUGCACAGAUCAAGUGGUUUCCAGACUGUGAAGACAAGACUAAGAGCUGUCGUACGCUCUUUACUCGUCGGUGCAAACGGCUACACAUCCAGCUUUACUUGUGGUAUAAAGUACAGUUUAGCAUAAAUGGAACUGGAAACCACUUUAUAAAAUGAUCAAAAGAUCUGUGGAACACUGGCAACGAGAAAAAGGCGCGGCAAGACAUAUUGCUUUUUCUCUCUCCUUAAAAGUGCUCCUCUCAGCACAAGGAAAUACAGAAACAAAGAACAGGCGUCAGUCUUUGCUUGAACUAGUUGUUUGGGACUUACAGGUGUCGAACUAUGGACUCAGCCCUUCGCUGCCCCUACAAGCCUUUUAAGUUAGGCCUGGGAGGAAAGCAGGUCACACGGUAUACAAGGGAAAGACAUUAUGGGAUUGUGUCUUGCUUAAGCAUCGUUAUUAAUGUCAUCAACAACAGAAACAACCUUUUUAUUCCAGUCAGCACAUUGGAUAAAUUGCAAGAAAGGAACAUCAACAACAUUUCUGCACAGAUAAAUUUAAAUAUUGUAGAAGCGGUCUUACCCCUGCAGAAGUCCUCAGGGACUCUUGGCGACUCAAGACACACUUACACACCCAUACAUACACACACACACCUCAACUCCGCCUUUAUGGGUAUUACACACAAGGCUUUAAGGUUUUGAGUGGAGUUUUGCGAUUACAGUGGGCGGGGAGGAAUCAUCCAGAACGAAAGAACAGGCCGUUACAUACCAUCAUGCAGCUAGCUACAAGCAACCAGCUCACUCUAGCAGCUAUGAUGGACAAGCCUUGGGUCUAAUCAAAUGCUACACCGAGAUACUUACAAUGGAACAGAGGGAAUAUCAUUUAGUACAUAGAUGAGUAUGUUACUAAAAGAACAUCACAUCAAUUAUUGCACUUACCUCUUUACAACAUCAGCCAGUCCUCCUUUAAUAACAAAAGAUGAAGUGGUAAAAAUAUAUCCUGAACUUGAAUUGUAUGUCUUCAAAUAGUGGUGCUGCCUCAAUUAAUCGCUAGGUGUGUUGUCCGCUUUAACAAAUAAUUAUUGUAAAUAUAAUAUAAAUUAUUAACACUUAUGUAGUUUUAAAUAUAGUCUUCAUUCAUUCAUUCCUACCAUUAUAAUUGGAUUUUUUUUAAUUUUUUUUUACACAAAUGUAUAAAAUGAAUUACUAUCAUACUAGAUUGGUACAAAAGAAAGACCACUCCUUAAAAGCCUUACCUCUAUUAAGCACCUGGUACUUUCUGCAGUUACUGUUAUACAGCAUCAUAGUAAAUGACAAAACUUCAAAUGAAAUGCCAAAAUAGCUGCUGAAAGUGUUUUAUUUCUAAAAAGAUUAAAAUAAAAAAUAGAACACAAGCUUAUGAUUGCAUGCUCAAUAAAAACAUUUAAUAUUAAGGCAGAGUGAGCCAGGCACUGACAGACCACAAGAGAUUGAAGCAACACCUCAGAACAUCACCACACACAAAUGCACGUACCUUCAAAGUCUUCAGAGCAGCGUGCUGCUGUGGAAAGGGCACCCCCCCCCUUUACCCAGUAAUAGUUAAGACUACAGCAAUUACUGCAGUGGUUAUUGCAAAAGGUUUCUGCUUUAAACAUAACCAUCGUUAUGACAAUACUUGUUUACAGAGGACUCGCAGGAGGUUGACGCACUCUUUGGCUUUCAGAAGCACCACCAAUGGGCACAAAGUGAUACUAUGAGCUGGAAUGCUGUCAAAACAGGCCAAAGUGCAGUGCAGUUGCCCCUCUGCCAGCCCUCAAGAGGGGGAUGCCCAGUUUAUGUAGAAAGUAAAGGAAGGCUCAUACUUACAUCCUAUCCUCGCAACUUUUUCCAAAGCUCUGAGAUUCAUCUUGCUUUAGUCACCAUAUGAUCACUAUCAUAAUGGUGGGGUUUAAUGAAUAGAUUAGCUUUUUAAGUAACUUUACAUUGUCUCCAUGCAUUUUUUGUAUGUGUGCGCGUGCGUGCGUGUGUGUGUGUGUGUAAUAUGUGCAGUAUGAUCACACCUAAGUAAAUGUACUACUACACAAGUGACAAAAUCUGUCCAACUAUGAUUUCUCAACAUUGCACAUGAAACAUUACAUGAACAAUAAAGCAUGUUCAAAUGUGUCGCCAUGUGUUUUAAUGGCAGCCAGUUGCUCGUGCAGUUUGCAUGUUGGUAAAUGUGUCAAAUAUUGCUGAAUGUGCAAGCUACAGG